CUUCGCUUGCCUUACCCGCUGAACGCUAAUCACAUGACCAGGCAGGGCUGCUGCUGCUGCAGCUGGUGUUGUCGAGCUGUCACAGAGAAACUGUCAAACACACACUUAUUGGAUUAAUUUUGUCCCAAGAUUUUCUCUGGCGUGAUGGAGUCAUUAUGGGGUGGAUUGCACACCCCGUGAAAUGUGGACCAAAGCAAGAAUCUCCCAACCUGCAUCUCUUUUCCCAAAACACAUCCUGCCGCUGUCAUGGCCUCCAGUUAUCCACCCCCCUUUGAAGGAACAGGUGAAGUGAAGGAGGGCUUUCUCUGCCCACUUUGCCUGAAGGACCUUCAGUCAUUCUACCAACUCCAAGCCCACUUUGAAGAGGAGCACUCUGGGGAUGACCGCGAUGUGAGGGGACAGAUCAAAAGUUUGGUUCAGAAGGCAAAAAAGGCCAAAGACAAGCUGUUGAAACGAGAUGGAGAUGACAGAGCGGAUACAGGCAGUUAUGAGUCAUUCUACUAUGGAGGAGUGGACCCCUACAUGUGGGAGCCUCAGGAACUGGGAGCGACCAGAAGUCACAUUGACUUCUUUAAAAAACACCGGGCAGCCAGGAUAGAUCACUAUGUCAUUGAGGUCAACAAGCUCAUCAUUAGACUGGAAAAGUUGACAUCGUUUGACAGGAUGAACUCUGAUGUCGCCAAAAUCAGAGCUAUUGAGAAGUCAGUGGUGUCAUGGGUGAAUGACUCGGAUGUCCCGUUCUGUCCUGACUGUGGAAACAAGUUCAACAUCCGGAACAGGCGGCACCACUGCCGUCUCUGUGGGUCCAUCAUGUGCAGGAAGUGCAUGGACUUCAUCCUUUUACCUAUGGCUCAAAAGCUGAUCAGCGGGACUCGAGUUAACCUCGGUGUACUUGGAAGCCCCGUUCAUUCCCAUUCUCCCCAAGUAGGGGGGGGGAACAGUGGGAUGGGCUCCAGGAGAGGCAGCAUCAGCAGCCUGAGCAGCGUCACCUCCAUGCUGGAGGAGAAGGACGACGAGAAGAUCCGCUGCUGUCACCACUGCAUGGACACGCUGCUGAAGAGACAGCAGAAGCUGGAAGAGAGGGACCACAUGCCGGAUGUUGUGAAACUUUAUGAGAGGCUGAGGAUGUGCAUGGAGAAAGUGGAUGAAAAGGCUCCAGAAUACAUAAGAAUGGCAGAGUCGCUCAAUGCCGGAGAAACUACAUAUAAUCUUGACACGGCUGGUGGACUGAGACUGGAAGUGCAGAAAUACUACGAACUAAUCGAUGCCCUAAGUAAGAAGAUUUUAACACUAGGAGCAAAAGAUGAUCCACCACCGCGUCCAAAGUCCCUCCAGCUGCAGAAGAUGAUCCGAUACACAGCAACACUAUUUGUUCAGGAGAAGCUGUUAGGUCUCAUGUCUUUACCCACUAAGGCAAAAUAUGAAGAGCUGAAAGAAAAGAGGAAACAGGAGCAAGAGAAGAGACUCCAACAAGAGAGACUGGUCAGCCAGGAGACCCUGAAGAAGAGGCAGGAGUCUGAGAAGAACCGUCCAACCCCCAGUACAAACGGAGAGCAGCCGCAAGCCCCCAGAGCUCCACGCAUGACCAAAGCUGGCGGCUGGUUGCCCUCCGCAGACUCCGUCCAUACCCGCAGUGAGCUGGAGGACCCCCUGCUGCAGCAGAUUGAAAACAUACGGUCGUUCAUUCGCCAGGCGCGGGAGGCCAACAGAACAGACGAGGUGGCCAUGUUGGAGGAGAACCUGCGUCAGCUACAGGACGAAUACGACCAGCAGCAGACCAGCCUGGCCAUCGCACUCUCCCAGAAGAUGGCCGAGGAGGAGAGCUUGCAGCAGGGGGAGCUGGACCGCCUGGAAGCGUGGGAAAGGGACGAGAGGGAGCACUGGGGCCCCAAGGUGGGCCCCACCCAGCCCUCCUUCACUUGGGAGAGGUCUCUGGAUAUCAGUACGCCACCGGGCUUCCAAGGAAACCCUGAGACAGAGGAGCUGACUCCCAAAGCUGAGAGUCCGUCCUCUGUCAGAGCGUUCCCUGCUCUCACGAGCCAGGAGGAGUCACCCCCCCGGUUGAGAAGCUUAGGGGGGCAUGUGACCCCCCCGGGUGGUGAAGGACAGAACAACACCCCCCUCAACCCUUUCGAUGAAGAGUCUACCCCCACUGAGGAGGAUCCAUCCAACCCCUUCUUCGAGGAAAUAAAGAGAGAACACAAAGAGGUGAGCAACGGGAAGAAAGAAUACAACCCGUUCGAUGAAGAUGAAGAGGUGGAGGAAGACCAACAGGCCGAGUCGGCACCAGGCAACCCCUUUGAAGAGGACGGCACUACAGACACAGGCAACCCUUUCCUGGAGGCGUCCGGGAGCUCUCCAGAGGUCUCCACCAACCCCACCAACCCCUUCGAAGGGGACGAUGAAGAGGCUUUGCCCGACGUGGACAUGAUAGAGGAAGAGUUGCUCCUGCAGCAGAUUGACAACAUCAGGGCCUACAUUUUUGACGCCAAGCUCAGCGGGCGUCUCGAUGAAGUGGAGCUCCUGUCAGAGAACCUCAGAGAGCUACAGCACACCCUUACAGAACAAAAAAAAAAGAAGCACUGAUACCUUGAACAAAAAAAAAAACAAGAUUACCCACCUGCUACUUACCAAGUCCUGCAAGGCUAGCUCACUUUACAUGAUGACUAAUGAGCCCACUGAUUUGAGUCUGGGUGAGGUCUGCUGAACCACAAAAAGAUGAGUCACUAAAUGAAAUGUGUACUAGAGCGUGGUAGUCUGGAGUGAUUUCCUUAAUUUCCAACAUCUUUCUUAACCACUUAUCCUGUACAGGGUCACAGGGGGCUGGAGCCUAUCCCAGCAUGCACCGUUUGUAAGCACUGCAACUAAACAUCUAUUUGUACAGGCAUGUUCUGAAGAUAUUAACCCUGUAGUUUCAGGG